AUGUCAACAUACAAACUCUAUUAUUUUAAUAGUCGUGGUCGUGCUGAAGUAUCUCGUUUAAUAUUUGCUGCAGCUGGUCAAAAAUAUGAAGAUAUUCGUUACAACCAAGAUGAAUGGCCAUCACAUAAAACUGAAAUGCCAUUAGGUCAAAUGCCUGUUCUUGAAUUUAAUAGUGCCAAAUUACCGCAAUCAAAAUCGAUUGCUCGUUUUCUUGCUAAACAAUUUCAUUUAGCUGGCAGAGAUAACCUUGAACAAGCCAAAGUCGAUGCUGUUAUUGAUACAAUCGAUGAUUUAAUACCAAAAUUAAUAUCAAUUUUUUUCGAACAAGAUGAAACCAAAAAAGAAGAACUUCGUAAAAAAUACUUUGAUGAAGAACUUCCUAAACAUUUUCAAAAUCUCGAUGUUUUACUUAAAGAGUUUGGUAAUAGUGGACUAUUCUUCGUUGGUAAUCAUUUAACAUGGGCAGAUUUAUAUUUUUAUGAUUUGUCUGAAACUCUUCUUGGAAUGAAUGGAAAUUGUUUAGACAUUUAUCCACGGUUAAAACAAAAUCGAGAAGAAGUUGAAAAACAGCCAAAAAUUUCAGAAUAUCUUAACAAUCGACCUAAAACACCAUUUUAA